GCGGCCAGAGGGAGGAGAGAACCGGGCUUCGCCGCGAGACUUGGAGAGCAGCGGCCGCGGAGGAAGCGGCAGCGGCCGGCGCGAGCGGCGGCACAGGCUCCGGGGCAGCCCGGCGCGCAUCCCCGGUCGGCGCCCUGCGCGGAGCAUAGCUCGGCGGGCCUCGGGAGCCACAGGGCAGCAGUGUCCAAAGCAAGAUGGCAGGGAUCUUAGCCUGGUUCUGGAACGAGAGGUUUUGGCUUCCGCACAAUGUCACCUGGGCGGACCUGAAGAACACGGAGGAAGCCACCUUCCCGCAGGCUGAGGACCUCUACCUCGCCUUCCCCCUGGCCUUCUGCAUCUUCAUGGUGCGGCUCAUCUUCGAGAGAUUUAUAGCCAAACCAUGUGCCAUCGCUCUCAGCAUCCAGGCCAGUGGGCCGCAGAUUGCCCAGCCCAACGCCAUUCUGGAAAAGGUCUUCACUGCAAUCACAAAGCAUCCUGAUGAGAAGAGACUGGAAGGGCUCUCCAAGCAGCUGGACUGGGAUGUUCGAAGCAUUCAGCGCUGGUUUCGGCAGAGACGCAACCAGGAGAAGCCCAGCACCCUGACGAGGUUCUGCGAGAGCAUGUGGAGAUUUUCCUUUUACCUGUAUGUAUUUACCUACGGAGUUCGGUUCCUGAAAAAGACACCCUGGUUAUGGAAUACGAGGCACUGCUGGUACAACUACCCCUAUCAGCCUCUCACCACUGACCUUCACUACUAUUACAUCCUGGAGCUGUCAUUUUAUUGGUCUUUAAUGUUUUCCCAGUUCACUGAUAUCAAAAGGAAGGACUUUGGCAUUAUGUUCCUGCACCACCUGGUAUCAAUUUUGUUGAUCACCUUUUCAUAUGUCAACAAUAUGGCCCGAGUAGGAACCCUGGUCCUCUGUCUUCAUGACUCAGCUGAUGCUCUUCUAGAGGCUGCCAAAAUGGCAAAUUACGCCAAGUUUCAGAAGAUGUGUGACCUCCUCUUUGUUAUGUUUGCCAUGGUUUUUAUCACCACACGGCUGGGUAUAUUUCCUCUCUGGGUGUUAAAUACCACAUUAUUUGAAAGUUGGGAAAUCGUUGGACCUUACCCUUCCUGGUGGGUUUUUAACCUACUGCUAUUACUAGUGCAAGGAUUGAACUGCUUCUGGUCUUACUUGAUUGUUAAAAUAGCCUGCAAGGCAGUUUCAAGAGGCAAGGUGUCCAAGGAUGAUAGAAGUGACAUUGAGUCUAGCUCAGAUGAGGAGGACUCAGAACCUCCAGGGAAGAACCCCCACACUGCAACAGCCACCAAUGGGACCAGUGGUACCAAUGGGUACCUGCUGACCGGUUCUUGCUCCAUGGAUGAUUAAUUACUUAAAACUAUAAGUCCUGAACAAAGUGAACUGUUUGUUCCUGGAAGUAUUUAAUAAGUUGCAAAUGCAGUUCCUUUCAUAAUAUUCCAGCACCAGAAAAAAAAAAAAUUAGGAUUAUCAAAGCAUUUUGAAUAGUGCACUGCCAUAUGUCCUGUCUGUGAAUGAAGAAGAAAUACCAUUCUAUGUAGGCAUGCUGUAUGUAAUGACACAAGGGAACAGUAUUUGCAUUUGUACUGUCUUAGAAUUUAUUUAUUUUUUGUAUGUUUAUAAAUCUGUGGACAAAAGAGGGUUUUCUUGCUCCUUUUAUUCCCCAGGUUCGUGACAGUGAAGGAGAUGCUACAUCUGCUUCGGCCCCUUCCUCUCGCUGUAGUCCAGCAGGCCAGGUGCAUCAGCUUAAUUGGUCACUUAGAGCAAGCCAAACCCAGUGCGAGAUCCCCAACAGCGCUGAUAGGUUUGCUUUCUUUUAUUGCUUUGCCUCUUCUGAAGCUGUGUCAUCAGUCUCCGUGACUGUCCUCCCAGUGUGAAGCUUAAACAGGAUCAGAUUGGUUUAUAAAUUGUCAGUCACUGUGGUCGAGUAGCAGUUCAAAUAAUAAAGAGGAUGAUUAUCGGAA